GUCUGAUAAGGCCUUUACGGUUGGUUCCCUUCAUAAUUUGUUAUGUUGGCAGUAUUUCGAUCCUGCAGAAUGGAUGAAGGAAUGUCUGAAAAAAGUUAAUUUCUACCGUUGGGUGUUGCUUUCUGAGCCAAACCCCGAACGUCUGAGAAAUAUUCUUUAUCAGGUAUGUCAAGUUGGACGAAGAUCCCAAUGUGUCCACUGGAUAGAUGAGUUUCUGAUAACCUGCAUUUUACAUGUUUCGUUGAAGUACGUCGAAGAAAUAUUGAAAUUUAUAAACUCACCCAGUUUAAAUCAGGAGUUUUAUUCAACAGUUUCAGCGGUGGUCUUCUCAAUGAGAAGAACCCAGAAUAACAGUAAUUUGCAGAACGCUCUUCGCAGAAGGAGUCUUAGAAGACGAACACUUUUGCUCCAUCUGUUUUGGAAUUACCUAAUGUUGAAUUUACAUACAUAUACGAAUGAAGAGAGAGCACCAGUUGAUGUGUCUGUCUUUUAUAAAGGAUUGCGGCUGUUCUGGGAUUCUGUUCCGGAUAGUUUUCUAUCCUUUGAAGAGAUCAAGACUGUUUUCAUAGAAUCUGUGGAUCUUAAAGUAAUUGGAGAUGUUGCCAGCUUUUACUCAAAGGCCAUUGAUGAGUUCCAUGCAGUUGUUGAGCCACGGCCGUUGCAGCAUUACUGCAGGACAGCGAUUCGGAGGAGACUUUGGGAGAGAGACCAAUGGCUCCCGGAAGGAAUCAGAAAAACUCGUUUGCCACCAAAGCUUCAAUCCUAUUUGAAUCUUAAUCCUAUUUGAAUCUUCAAUAACUUUUGAUUGGGGAUUAUUUGUUCAUAUUAAAAUGCUUCGUUUAAACUGUAUAUUUUUGGGGAUCUUUAAGAUGAAAAAAGUGCAUACAGAAUUUCAUUUCUUUGAAAAAUAGUCAAUGAAUCGUAUAAAAUGUGAAAUCUCUAUAUAGUAGAGCAAUGUAUAAUAACUAAAUACUUUUGAAUGUCAAUCGCGAAGUAUUUAAUUUGUCAUGACAUAAAAUACCAAAAUUAAUAAAAAAUAAGAAAUUCUUGUAAAAUAGCGCUAUAUAUUGUUUAAUAUUUUAUCUAAAAAAUUUUAAAUACCUGAAAUUGCCAUUUUCUCAUAAGUAAUAAUUUUAAAUUCUAAUAUCUUUUUAGAUUAAAUAAAUAUAUUCCUACACAAUUUUUGAUUUAUUAUCUGUGCUAUUUCAGUUAAUAUUUUUUUCUUAUAUAAUAAUUUUUCAGAAAACUUUUAAAUUUAUAGCGACAUUAUCAUUUAAAAUUUUUUUUAUUCAAUGAUUACUUUCUACAUUGGAAUUAUGUCAGAUGAUGUAUUUUAUGACUUGAGAUAAUUUUUUUUAAAAUUUUGUAUCAUAAAAUUACUGCAUUUUCAUUAACGUAUAGAAAUAGAGUAUCGUAUAGCAUAGAGUUUAGAAAUGUAUUUUGAAUUUAUGUUUCUUGAAUAGAUUACGAUAUUAUGUGUUGAAAAAUCAUACAACAUGGAAUAACAGCAAAAGAAGAGAAAUGGUGAAUCAAAAAUCACUUUAAAUAUCUCCAGUUAUAAAAGCAAUGAGAUUUUAAUUCAGAGUGUUUUAUUUAAAGUAACGCUGCUAGUAAUAAUUUUGUAUCACCAAUUUUUUUUCCUAUAUUACCUAGCUUUUAUAGUGUAUGCCUUUAUGAUGUUUAAUGUAUCAUUUCAUUAGAUGUAUUUUGAAUGUAGCAUUUGAAAGUUAUUCAAGAAUUGUCCAGUAAAAUUCAUUUCAAUUUUAAAAUUAAGUUUGUUAUGUGGUGUUUAAAAGAAUUUAUGGAAAUACAUUUGAAUUGAAAAUUCUAAAUGCUUAAAUUUACCUGUCAUAAGCUACUGGAGUUCAAAAAUUUAAUUGCAAAUUUUAUUGAUACAGUAUAAAGUGGAAAUAAUUACAUAUAGAAAUCUUUCUUACUCAUAAUAUAUUCUACAGUUUAUGUAACUGAAAUUCUAAUGCAAGUUUUGAAUAUGUUUUUAACUCCAAACAGUUAUAACCAAAGAAAUGAGAAAAAUAAAUUUUUUCCCUGUAAGGAAGUGAAUAUAGAGUAUUGAUAUUCGACUUUAUUGCAUAUUAUUCAUCUCUGUAAAGCAGCUACUUCAUCAUGAAUAUUGAUUAUACUUCAUUUCAAAUAAAUCGUUAAGAAAUAAGUUGUUUAUAAUUGAGCAAAAGUCCUCCAAAUUGACAGCCAUUAAAGCUUUGUUAUUUUAAAUGUCUUAUUUAUGUUCUGUUUUGUAAAGCACAUAACCUUUCUAAAGCAGAUCAGUGCAUAACAUUAAAGCAUUAUUAAUUGUGAAAAUAUCUAAUUUGCCUACCUUCUCUGUAAUGUAAUUUAACUUUUCUGUUCGUUUUGUAAACUACACAUGUGUUAAACAGAAUCUUUCUUCUUUAUUAUUUUGCUAAUCGAAAAAAAUUUACAUGAUUAAAUGUUUCAUGAAACAAUGAGAGUGAUUUGAAUUUCAGGAAGAAAAUGUGACCUAUUGUUGGAAAUUAGGCACACACACACACACACACACACACAUAUAUAUAUAUAUAUAUAUAUAUAUAUAUAUA